ACAUCGACCACCAUGACCAACCUCAAGCAGGGCGAGUUCGUCGGUUCUCUCGACUGCGGGACGACGUCAACCCGGUUCCUUGUCUUCGAUAAGUAUGCCAACAUCGUCGCCCAGCACCAAAUUGAGUACCCUCAGUACUACCCCGAGCCUGGCUGGCACGAACAAGAUCCCGAUGAGCUCAUCGAGAGUUGCGAGGUCUGUAUCAACGAGACCUCGAAGGCUCUGGAGGCGGCGGGCUGGUCUAAGGACAGUGUGAAGGCUAUCGGUAUCACUAACCAGCGCGAAAGUGCUGUUGCGUGGUCUCGUAAGACCGGAAAGCCUCUCUGCCGCCUGAUCGUCUGGGACGACGCACGCACGAAGAAUACCGUCGCGCACUUUGAAGUGAAACUCAAGACUGUCGGAAUUGAAGUCAAACCCGGCGAGUUCAAGAAGGGCGACGAGGGUAUCGACGCACUCCGUAAACUUUCCGGUCUUCCAAUCUCGACGUACUUCUCCGCCAUCAAGCUCCGAUGGAUGAUUGAGCACCACGAGAACGUGCGGAAGGCUCACGAUGAGGACGAUCUCCUCUUUGGUACCGUCGAGUCUUGGAUCGUCUACCGUCUCACCGGCGGUGUCGAGAAGAAUCUACAUAUUACGGACGUCACCAACGCGUCUCGUACUCUACUCCUGAACCUCAACACCCUCAAGUGGGAUGAUAGCCUGCUGAAGUUCUUCGAGAUCAAGCCCUCCGUCCUUCCAAAGAUAGUUUCUUCUUCUGAGGUCUACGGAGAGCUUGCGAAUGGUGCCUUGAAGGGCGUUAAAAUUGCCGGCAUCGCUGGUGAUCAACAGGCUGCACUCAUCGGGAACAAGUGUCUGAAGCAGGGCGAAGCCAAGUGCACGUACGGCACCGGUGCCUUCCUCCUCUUCUGCACUGGCGACGACAUCGUCCUGAGCAAGCAUGGUCUUCUCUCUACGAUCGCGUACCAAGAUGGCCAGAAUGGGAAGCCGGUGUACGCCCUCGAGGGUUCGAUUGCUGUCGCUGGUAGCGCCAUCAAGUGGCUCCGCGACUCGAUGGCUCUUGUCACCAGCGCGGCUGAGGUGAACACUCUCGCCGAGUCCGUUCCCGACAGCGGAGGCGUAUACUUCGUCACUGCGUUCUCUGGUCUGCUCGCGCCCUACUGGGACCCCGGAGCAGCUGGUCUCAUCAUUGGCCUGACGUCAUACACAACCCCCGCCCACAUCGCGCUCGCCACUCUGGAGGCGAACGCCUUCCAGACGCGCGCCAUCCUCGAGUCGAUGAAGCUCGACUCCAAGUCCGAGCUCAAGCACCUCAAGGUCGACGGCGGGAUGACCAACGGCGACAAGGUCAUGAAGGUCCUCGCCGACAUCGGCGGCUUCACCGUCAUCCGUCCCGAGAUGCGCGAGAGCACCGCGCUCGGCUCCGCGCUCCUCGCCGGGUCCGCGAUCCGCCUGCACGGAUGGAACAUCUCCGAGCCCGAGACGCUCGCGGAGGUGAACACGAAGGGGAACAAGGAGUUCACGCCGACCAUGCCUGAGCCGGUGCGCGAGAAGCGCUGGGCGGGCUGGCAGCAUGCCGUGGAGAGGUCGCGUGGGUGGGAGGAGGGCAAGGACGAGUGAGGUGGAGGCGGUCUAUCCUUAUUGCGUUUGCUCCCACUGUCAUACCAUAUACACCGUCACGACUGUAGUAGACUCACAUAGAUCACGAUUGCAA